AAUCGCUGAGCUAGUAAAUAUUGGAAUUGCUGAGGAUGCUGAACUACCCAGUUGUACUAAUCGUCUGCAUGGUGGUUUCAUUAACCCAAUCCAGUGCGGUUCGUGAAACUUACGACACCGAUCAUCAACACUUUCGUCCCAGGCCUGCUGUGGCAGAGAAAACUAAACAGAAGCUAGGAUACGAUGAGAUCGAAACCACUUCCUUGUACUGGCAGCAGCAAGCCCAAGACACUCUGCGGUCCAAACUAGGCGAACAACCGAUAACUACGAAAGCAGAAAAUGUUAUCUUCUUCAUCGGAGCCGGUAUGUCAGCUCAGACUAUCGCUGCUACCCGUAUGUAUCUGGGCAACGAAAACAACUGGCUUUCGUUCGAACGGUUUCCCAACCUCGCAACAGCGAGGACCUUUUGUUACAACCAACAGGUUGCGGAUGGCGCUUGCACGGUUUCAGCGUACCUUUCUGGAGUGAAAACCAACUACGGAAUGAUUAACGUAUCACCCAGUGUUUCUCGUGGUAGCUGCGAAUACGAUCAAACCAACGCGGAAUUCCUAGGUCUGAUGAAAUGGGCACAGGAGAGCGGCAAACACACCGGAAUAGUAACCAAUGUUGCCAUCACGGAUGCCAGUCCGGCCGGGGCAUAUGCUAGUGUUGCAUCACGGGAACGGGAAAACGAUGCCAAAGUUGUGGAAGCUGGAUGUGACCCGACUCAGUAUCCAGAUAUCGCACAUCAAUUAGUCCACGGAGAGGUGGGGAAGAAUCUAAAUGUUAUUCUUGGUGGCGGUCGGAAAAACUUGCGACCUGUGGAUUUGUUGGAUGAAGAUGGUAAUUUCGGAGCUCGCACGGAUAACCGUGAUUUGAUUAGUGAAUGGCUGGCGCUCCAUCCAAACAAGGCGAGAUACGUGUAUAACAAACUAGGUCUUCAAACGGUUGAUCCCAAUAAUACUGACCAUCUACUAGGAAUAUUUCACUCUGGUUCUUUGCUAUAUAACUUAGAAGCACAGGAUCUACAAAUAACUCAACCGGAGCUGUGGGAGUUAGUCGAUGUAGCUAUCAAAAUUUUGAGCCGCAACGAAAACGGUUACGUUUUAUUCGUGGAAAAUGGAAAAAUUGACGAAGCGCAUCAUGAAACUAAAGCUCGAUUAGUCUUGGAUGAAACUGCGCAGUUUUCUAAGGCAGUAGAUUUUGCCCGAAAUAUUACUGACACAAGUGACACCCUGAUGUUGGUGUCAGCAGAUCAUGGCCAUACUAUGACUUAUAAUGGUUAUCCUAAACGAGGCAACGAUGUGCUUGGUAUUGCUAAGACGAGCGACGAGGAUGGUUUGCCUUACACAACCCUGAGCUACGCGAAUGGUCCUGGCUAUCAGAUUACGUAUACCGAGGAAAAUCGUGGAAUCCGGGCAGAUAUUAGCAAAUUGGAUUGGCAAAAUCGAGAUGCACUAUAUCCGGCCACUGUUCCUUUGGAUGCUGCAACGCACGGUGGAGAAGAUGUUGCAUUGUAUGUCAGUGGUCCCAUGGCGCAUACAUUCCAGGGAAACUUCGAGCAAAACGCAAUUCCGUAUCUGAUCGCUAGUGCAGCGAACAUCGGAAGAGAGAUCAGACCGUUGCUAAUGACCGUUGAAUAG